UUUUUUUUGCGUGGGUUAUAUAAUUGAGAAUCGAGUUACGAUAUAGUGGAUAUAUAGAGAGUCGAAAUUUAUAGGAGAUAUAUCUGAACAUGAGAUUAACAGCUCAAGUAAUUAAUAAUGCCACAACAUGUCUAAAUCCAGAAGGUAAGUUGACACUUCAAUUAAGACAACUUGAAAUUCCCUAUAUUGAAAAUCUUGCAUUAACUCAUAAUAAAUUUAAUGUCAUCGAUUUAACUAAUAAUGAAUUAAUAGAAUUAGGAAAUAUACCGAGUGAAUUAACUAAUUUAGAGGUAUUAUUACUUUCUAAUAAUAGAAUAUCAUAUAUAGAUAAUAGUAUAUUUGAACAUAAUAAUAUUAAAUCAUUAAUGUUAAUGAAUAAUAAUAUAUCAAGUUAUCAAGAAAACUUUCAACAAUUCAAAAAUUUAGAGAAUUUAUGCUUAAAUGGGAAUCCAAUUCAAAAGGCAGAUAAUUAUAGAUUAUUUAUUAUAUGGCUUAUACCGUCUUUAAAAGUAUUAGAUUUCUCUAAAGUAAAGGUUAGUGAAUUAAAUGAAGCUAAAAAAUUAUUUGGAAAUACUAUUGAACAAUCAACUGAAUUAGCAAAAUCUUACUUAAAAUCCAAUUUAAUAAUCCCUCCUGAAGCUAGACUGACAUCUAAUCCUCAAGAUAAGAGUUUAAAGACGGUUGGAUCUAAGUUAAGUAAACAAGAAGCAGAAGAGUUGGUUAAGAAACUUAAUCUGGCUACCAGUAUAGAAGAAGUCGAACGACUUGAAAGUGCAUUAAGAAGAGGUUAUUUAUAAAGCCCAUAGUUAUAAUUAUAAUUUUAUUAAUUAGUUUUAAGUUUAUAUGUAUUAUAUGUAUUAUAUAAUAUUAUGUAUAUAUUGCGUGAAAUUAUUCACAUUACACAGAAUAGCAUUCCCAAAAUUUUUUUUAUG